AUGACAGAGCUGAAGGCAAAGGCGUCCCGGGCUCCCCACGUGGUGGGCGGCGCGCCCUCCCCCAGCCAGGCCGGCUCUGCGCUGCUGGGGCGCCCGGACGCCGGCCCCUUCCCGGCCGCGGGCCAGACCCCGGCCGCCGCCGCCGCGCCCGGCUGCCUGGGCGGGCUGCCCUUCCCUCGGCUCUGCCGGGGGCCCGACCCAGACCCUGACCCCGACGGCAAGGCGCUGUCCCACGCGGAGGGCGCGUAUCCCAGAGUCGGAGCCACAGGAGGCGCCGGGAGAGCCCCCGAGAAGGACAGCGGGCUGCUGGACAGCGUCCUGGACACGCUGCUGGCGCCCUCGCCCUCGGGCCCCGGGCAGAGCCACGCCAGCCCUCCCGCCUACGAGGCCGGCGGCCUCUGGUGCCUGUUUGGCCCCGAGCUCCCCGAGGGACCCCCGGCGGUGCCCGCCGCCCCGACCGGCGCGCUGCCCGCGCUCAUGAGCCGCCCGGAGAGCAAGGCGGGCGGCGACGGCGCCUACAGAGCGCUUCCCACGGGGCUGUCCCCGAACCGGCAGCUGCUGCUGCCCUCGGCCUCCUCCUCCGGCCACCAGCCCUGGCCCGGGGCCCCGGGGAAGCCCGCCGCGCUGGAGGUGGAGGUGGAGGAGGGGGGCUCCGGGUCCCCGGGCGCGGUGGCAGCGCUCCUGAAGGGCAAACCCCGAGCCGAGGGAGGAGGCGCCGCCGCCGCCGCCGCCGGGGCCAGCGCGCCCGGGGCGGCCGAAGGAGGCGGCGCCCUGGUCCCCAAGGAGGAUCCCCGCUAUCCGGCGGCGCCCCCCCGGGUCGCCCUGGCGGAGCAAGAGCCGCCGCCGCUGCCGGCGGGGCCCGGGCGCCCCCCGGUGACCACCAUGGUGAUGGAUUUCAUCCACGUGCCCAUCCUGCCCAUCAACCCGGCCCUGCUGGCCGCGCGCACCCGGCAGCUGCUGGAGGGGACGGACGGCUCGGACGGCGGCGGGGUCAGCGCCUUCGCCCCGCCGCGGGGCUCCCCCUCGGCCUCGUCCCCGCCGGGCGCCGCGGGCGACUUCCCCGACUGCGCGUACCCGCCCGAGCCCGAGCUCUACGGCGACUUCCAGCCGCCGGCGCUGAAGAUCAAGGAGGAGGAGGAGGGCGCCGAGGCCGCCGCGCGCUCCCCGCGCCCCUACCUGGGGGCCGGCGCCGGCCCCGCCGUCUUCCCGGAUUUCCCGCUGGCGCCGCCGCCGCUGCCUCCUCCUCCGCGGGCGCCGUCCUCCAGACCCGGGGAAGCCGCCGGAGCCUCCGCCUCGUCCUCGGCGUCCGCGUCCCCGUCGGGGUCGGGGUCGGGGUCGGCGCUGGAGUGCAUGCUGUACAAGGCGGAGGCCGCGCCGCCGCUGCCCGGCCCGUUCGCGCCGCAGCCCUGCAAGCCGCCCGCCGCCGCCGCCGCCGGGGCGGGCCCCGCGCUCUACCCGCCGCUCGCCAUCAACGGCAUCCCGCCGCUCGGCUACCCCGCCGCCGUGCUCAAGGAGGGGCUGGCGCCCGUCUACCCGCCCUAUCUCAACUACCUGAGGCCAGAUGCCGAAGCCAGCCAGAGCCCACAGUACAGUUUUGAGUCAUUACCCCAGAAGAUCUGCUUAAUCUGUGGGGACGAAGCAUCCGGAUGUCAUUAUGGUGUCCUCACCUGUGGGAGCUGUAAGGUCUUCUUUAAAAGGGCCAUGGAAGGACAGCAUAAUUACUUAUGUGCUGGAAGGAAUGACUGCAUCGUUGAUAAAAUCCGCAGGAAAAACUGCCCAGCAUGUCGCCUUAGGAAGUGCUGUCAGGCCGGCAUGGUCCUUGGAGGUCGAAAGUUUAAAAAGUUCAAUAAAGUCAGAGUGAUGAGGGCACUAGAUGCGGUCGCGCUCCCGCAGACGGUGGCCAUUCCAAAUGAAAGCCAAGCCCUAAGCCAGAGGAUCAGUUUUUCGCCAAGUCAAGACUUACAGUUGGUCCCCUCGCUGAUCAACGUGCUCCUGAACAUUGAGCCAGACAUGGUCUAUGCGGGACACGACAACUCCAAACCUGAUACCUCCAGCGCUUUGCUGACGAGUCUUAACCAACUAGGCGAGAGACAGCUUCUUUCAGUAGUCAAGUGGUCUAAAGCACUGCCAGGUUUUAGAAACUUACAUAUUGAUGACCAGAUAACUCUCAUCCAGUAUUCUUGGAUGAGCUUAAUGGUGUUUGCACUAGGGUGGAGAUCCUACAAACAUGUCAGUGGAAAGAUGUUGUAUUUUGCACCUGAUCUAAUAAUAAAUGAACAGCGGAUGAAGGAAUUAUCAUUCUAUUCAUUAUGCCUUACCAUGUGGCAGAUUCCACAGGAGUUUGUGAAGCUUCAAAUUAGCCAAGAAGAGUUCCUCUGUAUGAAAGUAUUGCUACUUCUUAAUACAAUUCCUCUGGAAGGCCUAAGAAGUCAAAACCAGUUUGAAGAAAUGAGAGCAAGCUACAUUAGAGAGCUCAUCAAGGCAAUUGGUUUGAGGCAAAAAGGAGUUGUCUCUAGUUCACAACGUUUCUACCAUCUUACAAAAUUUCUUGAUAACUUGCAUGAUCUUGUUAAACAACUUCAUCUGUACUGCUUGAAUACAUUUAUCCAGUCCCGGGCACUGAGUGUUGAAUUUCCAGAAAUGAUGUCUGAAGUUAUUGCUGCACAAUUACCCAAAAUCUUGGCAGGGAUGGUGAAACAUCUUCUCUUUCAUAAAAAGUGA